AAAUUAUCUCGAUAUUCAGGGUGUUGAAGAACUGUUUGCUCCCUCGCUGUUAUCAUCCCACAGCACGGCGUAAACAGGCGCGCGAGUCCCCCGCCCCUUCUGCGCGAGCGCUCAUCUCUCUGCGCGUGCUGCUGCCAGUUCCGUGUCGGCCGCGAGUUUACCAGCCACGCAGUGCCUGCACGCGCUUAAUCCACCGCCGGGCUGCAAUGAUGUGACUCUGUCCGGGUUUCAAAAUCCAGUUUUGCAGUUUCUAUUAACGACCCAGCACAGAACGAUGCGACGGGAUUCAUGACGGGUCACAGUCUGAACAAUAAUGUCUUCAGAUUGGAGUUACACCAGCCUCAAAACUGAGGCCAUAAGGAAAUCACCUUGGCAACCCUGUGUCGGUGCACAGGUAUCACUGUGACUCUUGCUUGAGAUCUCCGGACCUCAUUGAGUUGAAAUGGCAACGCAGCGAAAGCACCUGGUCCAAGAUUUCAACAAAUACAUCACCUGCUCGAUUUGCCGUGGAUACCUAAUCAAGCCCACCGCUGUCACAGAAUGCCUGCACACCUUUUGUAAAAGUUGUAUUGUUCAGCACUUUGAGGAGAGUAAUGAAUGUCCGGAAUGUGGAAUACAAGUCCAUGAAACCAAUCCUUUAGAGAUGCUGAGGCUAGAUAAGACCCUGGAAGAGAUCAUCUUCAAGUUGGUGCCUGGACUUAGAGAGAAGGAGGAACAACAGGAAAGUGAUUUUUGGAAUAAAAAUAAGAUAAAAACAAACGAAGAUGGCCCCAGGACUAAGAAAGCUCACCUGAGUGAUGAAGAGGAAGAUGAUGGGAGGGGUGGAGACUACCACAGGAGUGAUCCUCAGAUCGCUAUUUGUCUGGACUGUCUACGAAACAAUGGCCAAUCAGGAGAAAGCAUUGUAAAGGGUUUAAUGAAAAAAUUCAUCCGUUGCUCCACUCGUGUUACAGUGGGAACUAUUAAGAAGUUUCUUUGUGUAAAAUUGAAGCUGCCCAGCUCAUAUGAGCUCGAUGUUCUAUGUAAUGGGGAGAUCAUGGGCAAAGACCACACCUUGGAAUUCAUCUACCGCACUCGAUGGAGACUACAAGGAGACAGCGCCUAUCCCAUGGUUCUCGAGUACCGUCCACGGAUCGACUUUGGUUAAAUAGCACUUACAGCUUUCUGGAAAUUUCUUAUGCAGACUGAUGUCAAGAGACAGACAGUUAAAAAACACAAAAUAACUGAAUGAUUGUGCCUCUGUUGAAAGACAACAACACAAAGCCCCAUGACUAACAGGACUGCUCUCCUCUUCAUGUGCACUGCUUCAGCCUCUACUCCUCGUUUUCUCCCUCCUUCAUGCUCCUGAUUGGCAGUCGUGGCUCCACCCACUGGCUCAGUAUCAAGUUUGAUGAUUACUGUAUGUUCCACCAAAGCUUUCCCUGCAUGUUGUCUCUAUGACGACGCCUUAUCAUAGGGAGGCCCAUUGGGAUUAUCUGAUAGCAGUCUAGCACAGACAGUAAGAUAAAACUCAUCUCAAAAGAUACACUCCAUCCAGGUGACAGGAGAAAGGGAAGAGUGAGGAGAGGUGGAGAAAUAUUAAGGAAAGUGUAAAGUACACUCACUGGAUGAUAAGAGGAUUUCAGUAAUACUAGAUUAUUGCUUUUUAGGUGUUUUUAUCCAGAGUUUGCACCAGAGGUAAAUCCAAAUGCCUCAUUGUAUUGUUGCUAUUCUGUAUCUUUUACCAUCUCUUUCUUUACUUUAGUUACUUUUCUCUCUUGCUCUCACCUCCCACAUUGUCCUUCAUAAAUUCAGUAGCGCUUUUUUAUGACAUUCUCUCUCUCACACACAUUCACUCUUUCUUUGCCUCUUUCCAUCUCACACUCUUUCAUUUUUCUCCAAUGGUUUUUUUGGCUCUGGUCUGAAGUAUUGAUGGAUCUCAUUCAGCUGGAUUUGAAUGAGAGGGCUAUAGAUGUCCCAAAAUAACAGCAGUGAAAAGCACUCUGGGUAAGCAUUUCUCUUUCACACUGAGCUAAGGCCAAAUCUUACAUUCACCCAAACUAGAUCUUCAUCUUAUUAGAAAGGAUAUUACAAUAAGUGAUGCCAGAUAAGCUUAGAGCAGUAAUUUACUGAGAAAUAUCAUUUUUGCUGAAUGAAUAGGAAAUGAUUGAGGUGUGCCAGCUUCAUGUCUCUUAGAUCAGCUUUAGCUCACAAUCUGUUAGCUGUAAACAUUCUGGGGUUUGCCUAUUUAAUGAAAAUAUAUUUAAAGGAAAGUUCUAGGUUCCAAACUAUCUGAAGCAAUAGCAUAAUUUUGAUUACCAUACUUGUUACAUUACAGUGAAGCACUUACAAUAAAUGUGAAUAGGGCCAGUCCAUCAACAUUAAAAUGCACUUUUUCAAAAGAAGAGCCACAAAAUGUAAACUUACAUGUUAACAUGAUUUUGGCUUGACAUCUAUGUUCUACAUUAUUUUAGUGUGAUAAAAAUCUCUUACAGUGUAUACUGGUGUUGUGUCGUCAUGGCAACAAUGAUGUUGCAAAAUUGCAUAUUGCAAAGUGAUUUUAUCAUAUUAAAUCAUGUUAACACGUUUAAUGUUUAUGUCUUGUGGCUAUACUUUUUAAACAGUUUGCUUUUUAAUGUUUAUGGACUGGCCAUAUUCACAUUUAUUGUAAGUGCCUUGCUGUAACCACAACUUUAGCUUUUUAUUUAUUUAUGUUUUUUUUUUUAAAGAGGGACGAGUCUAAAUAAUUUCUUGUGGUAAAAAGCAUUACAGUCAAGUUAUGGUCAUAUUUCUAAGGAGAAAAUUUGUAAUUCAAACUUAAUGGUUUUUUAAUAUAUAUUUUAGUACAGGGUUUUUAUAUUUGUUCAGAUAGUUUGGAAAUGUGAUAGGUUAACUCUUAUAAAUUUGUUUACAUGCCAAUGUGAAUCUUUAAUGUAUGUGUAGUAUCUUAUGAUAGGAAUAUUACAUUUAAGAUCAUGUUUAUAACAGUAGGUUGACACCAAACCUAAAGAGUUGCCAAACAGAUUUUAUUUACAUUCCCAGAACUUGUUUGUUUUUUUUGUUUGUUUAUUACAUUGAGUCUUGCUGUACCAAUCCAGAUUAUAUUCCACUAAAAUCUAAUUUGAUGAUAUUCAAGAUACUGUAGAACAGGAUUAGAAUAAUCAGUCCCUUUGCUGUGGAUCAUCUCAGGGGGUGAAAACUGGUGAAAUGAGGGUAUGUUUGAUGUUUUCUACUUCAAUUUCUGAGGAAUCAAGACCAACAUUAAAAAAUUAAAUUCAGUCAUUUGAGAAAGUUAAUGCAAUACAGUAAGCCAAGUGAGACAGGCUGUCUUGACAAGGUUUUUAGUGGAUUGCAUGAACUAAAAUUGGAAAUAUAAUGAUCCUGAUGUUUCUUAUGACAGAUUUAAGCUAAAACUUUAUGUCUGAUCAGCAUCGGUUUUACCAACAUUAUUUUGUGUACUGAAUCUUGAAUCCCAGCAUCUGCACUCUCUGUCAGUUCAGUAGUGGGAUUCUUGACAUUGUUGUUUAGGACAAAAGGCCACUGGCUGCUCUCCAGAAUCCAAUUUCCUACCCGCUAAGAAAAUGUGCAAAUCAACUAUAAAGUGUCUUUGAGCUCUGAUUAUAAAUACAAUGUAUUUUUGUAUGUUGAAGCACUUAUGUAUAUUUAAACAUAUAAGCAAAAGA